AUGGCGGACUCCACUUACGAGUCCUCGCCGCACGAGGCAGAAGAGGAGAAGCUACUGGCCGAAGAAGUUGCCGACAUAUCGAGGACGGCUGCACGAAGUCCGAAUGCGCGCGUCCUCUCCCGAUCACUGUGGCUGUUCUCGUACCUACCUUUGCUAGGUGCUUUGGUCUAUCUCGCCACUGCUUUAGGAGCGGAACGAGGGAGAGCUACCAGCUAUGAGGUCGCAGGUGAUGUCGAUGGCAUCGUACCAAGAUUUUCACAACAAAUCGUCACGCUCCGACCAGAUGCACGAUACGUAGGUGAUGUGACCUCGCCCACGUUCAAGGAAGACACAAAAGAUCUAUGGCUCUCCCUCGUGCCUAGAGGCUUGGGCUUCGUUGAGAUCAACAAACCAGCACAAUAUCCUGCUCUAGCAGCGCCGUACAUGAAGUACAACAAGACAGUCUACACAACCUCAGUCACGCAUCAACUGCACUGCCUAUACAUGAUCAUGCACGGCUUCAACGAUCUGGCCCUCAAAGGCUCAUUAAAAAUGGACAUGGAUGCCGACGAAGGUCUGACGCGGGAAGGCGAGGAUCCUGCAGACCAUCUGGCUCAUUGCUUCGACUAUUUGCGUCAAGCGAUCAUGUGUCACGGAGAUACUGCAUUGGAGGGUCUGCAGACGACUUUCGGACCAGAUGUCGGUGGAAGUGAUGGGUGGAAUACUCAGCAUGUGUGUAAGAGGUACGAUGAGGUUUAUCAAUGGCUGGAGGAGAAGAGGAUUGAUGAUCGAGUAUGGAUAUGA